AUGACUACGUUAGAAACUGGUGAAAAAUUAUUGUGGGACAUUCGCAUCGUAGAAUUCAUCGAUGUAGUCUCAAAAGAUACAUCGAAACCUACUGAACUAAUUGCUGCCUUAAUAACAAAAUAUUUUCCAGAAAAAGAAAUUGAUAUAUUUACACAAAUACCUGAAAGAUCUCAAUCUAUACUUAAGCGUAAUGAAGUAGAAAAAGAACUUGGUCAAAUUAUGAUCGAAGAACUUAAACAAAAUCUUGUUGGAUAUCGAGAUGCCCCUAGUAAUAAACAAUCAAAUUAUUUAACAAAUUUAAUCAAACAAUGCGAUACUUUUUAUAAAAAUUUGACUAAUGAAAAUAAGGACAACGUAAAUUUGGUUACUAUUGCUAUCACAUAUUCAAUUAUGCAUCUUGCUAUUUUGAAAGAGAAAAGCACUUAUCAUAAGGAAAUAUUCAAUUCUUAUGAGUCGGAUUUACGACAAAAAGUUGAAGGAUAUAAAAAAUAUUUUUUAGAAAUAUAUUAUAAAUGGGAAAAUUGGCGCAAAAAUUGUAUUGAAGUAAAGAUGAAUAAUAAUAUUCCUAACAAAGUUUAUGAUACUUUUAAUGGUAAAUCUGUUACUUAUAUAAACACAGAAAUUAACCAAGCAGCAAUAACAAGAUACACUGAAAUGUGUAAACGAGUAAAAGUACGUUAUUUCGAUGAAGCAAACGCUGAGUUUAUGAAAAUGUAUCUGUAUACAUUUACAUUGGAUAAAUUCUUACCUAAUAAUUCGAAUGCCCGCACAAUCGCUCCAAAUCGAAAAAUUGGUACAAUUGUUUAUGGAAUUUAUGGACAAGAUACGUUUCCAGACGGUGAUCAUGGCCCUGAAGAUCAUAGUGAAUUACAUCAAAUGAGUAAUGAUAAACCUGAUGUAAUUACUGGUAUAAACGUUCAUGCUGGUUUUUUCUUGGAUUGUCUAAAGGUUAAAUAUAAAAAUCAAAUUGGAACCAGUAUCGGAAAUGAAAAAGGUGGUGAAGUGACUACUAUUCGACAUCUUGACGAAAAGUAUAAUUAUGUGACUGGUGUAAAAGUUUAUUUUCGUGAACGUGUUGUUAGUGGCAUUCAAUUCCUUAUGUCAGAUGGGCAAGAAACUAUGAUGUUUGGAAAUGGUGAAGCAAAUCAAAAGUCAUUGGAAAUCAAAUGUGGUCCUAUAGGUUAUAAUAACGAUUUCAGAUUGGUAGGGAUUCAAAUGGCUGAAUCAAAAGCUGAUAAGCAUUUUAAUCGUUGUGUAGGUCAUAUUUCUUUGACAUUUGAGCAUGUGCGUAUUGCAAAUUAG